GGAGCAAGAAGAACAUAAACGAUUGGUUGAUGGCGUCAUUGGUUAUUGUUGGAGAGAGUGAAGAGGUAUCAUUCACAAAACCACUUGGAAGGUUGUCUGUGUUUUACUAUGGAGUUGGGCAUAUGCUCAAUGACAUUACUGCUUCUUGUUGGUUCACUUACCUUCUCCUGUUCUUGACUCAGAUUGGUCUCUCCCCAAGGGAUGCUGCCAUCGUCAUGCUCUCUGGUCAAGUUGCUGAUGGUUUUGCUACUGUCUUCGUUGGUGAAUCGAUUGAUAGAUUUGGGCAUUUCAAAAUCUGGCACGCCGCAGGGUCCCUAUUAGUGGCUAUCUCAUUUUCAUCGGUUUUUGGCGGGUGUUUGCCUUGUACUAUCCUCCAUAGUAACUCUUUAACGCUAGAAACAUUAUCGUACAGCAUGUUUGCAGCUAUCUUCAAUAUAGGAUGGGCAGCUACUCAGGUUUCCCACAUGGCUAUGGUCAAUUACAUUACACUGAACUCAACAAGCAGAGUAGCACUAACAAGCUCUCGUAAUGCGUUUAGCAUGGUUGCUAAUUUAGCCUUAUACGCGAUUGCUUUAGUUGUAUUUGGUGUCAGCAAGGCUGAUACAAAAGAAAACACUGAAUCACAGUAUCGUUGGAUUGCUUAUUCAUGCAUUACCGUUGGCUGCUGCUUUGUGGUCGUAUUUCUUAUGGGGACAAAAGAACCACGGCUGCGUAUAACUCUAAGGGAAACUAACCGAGCAAGAAUACCAUGGGCCUAUUGGUUCCGUAAAAUUCUAUAUUAUCAAGUCGCUAUGGUUUAUCUCCUCACACGACUAGUCUUGAAUGUUUCCCAGGCAUAUCUUGCAUUCUUUGUUAUUGAUGACUUGCAAAUGGCUCAAUCCGCUAAAGCUCUGAUUCCUGCAAUAAUCUAUAUCUGCAGCUUCGUUGUGUCGGUUAUGCUUCAGGAGAUUCCUUGGAAUGGGAAAGGCCUAAAGGCCUAUUAUUGUGCUGGUGGUAUCAUUUGGAUGUUCUGCGGUGUAUCUGUCCUCUUUUUGCCAAGAAGCAUUAACUCUUUCAUGUAUGCGAUCUCUGUCUUAAUCGGCAUAGCAAAUGCAUUGAUUCUGGUGACUGCAAUUAGUAUGCAGAGUGUGUUGGUUGGUUCAGAACUCGGUGGAUGUGCUUUCGUUUGUGGGUCUUUAAGUUUCUUAGAUAAAAUGUCAUGUGGCAUUGCUUUAUAUGUUCUUCAGUCACACAAAAACGGGACUUCACCCGAAGAUGUCGUAACCAGCACACAUAGUUUUGACUUUUCGGUGACAAGAUAUGGAUUAGGACUUGUCCCAGCUGUAUGCUCUUUUAUUGGAGUCGUUGUCACGUAUUUUAUGGAACUUGAUGGCACAAUACUAAAGCCUCUUUGCCAACCGUUGCUACUAGAAUAAACAGAAAGGAAUCAAAUCUGUAACAUUUCUGGUGACGUAGCACGAGAUAAUUAAAAUAAUAAACUCUGUUUCAGUUAUAGUCUUUUUAUAAAUCCUUGUUGUUUUCUUCAUAGUUAGUCAGCUUAUGGAUUUGGAUUGAGUCGUAUGACUUAAGGAGAAGAUCGUCUGGGUUAUGUCAGCGAUUUCUCAGAUUCAAAUCCAAGAGUAAUCGCUGCUUCAUUAUAAUCAAAUAGUACUAUUCAAUAUUA